AACGUACGUCUUUUGUGUGCUGUCAACCUGUCAUGUGCAGUGCAGCUGUUGUGCUUUGUUUGAUGUUUUAUACCUUGUGGGUAAUGUUUUGAUGGGUGAACAAUCGGAAACUGUGUGAAUAUUGUAAGACCUUCACCGGGAACUCCCUCAUUUUUUAAUUUACCAGCGACUUGCACUAAUUGGUUUAAAAUGAAUGGAACUGACGCAAACAAUGGGGAUAAAACUUAGCAGAUCUGUAGUGGUGGUUUAGUUUUAUUAUUUAUAAAAUGGCAGCUUCUUCUACAGCAAUUGAGGAAUUUUUGGCAGGCCCAUUAGUCACAUGGCUGGCUACCUGUGUCAAAAAGCCAGAAGCGCUACAGGUUUAUGAAACGUUCUUCGAUGGGUCUCCAAUUACAGAAGUUCUUUUACAAAUAGACCCGGAACCACUGCAGCCAGUACCAACGUUUUCAAAUUUCCCAGGCGUUAACAUCACUUUUGCAAGGAUAAAAAUCUUCAGCUGCAUCAUUCACAACAUCAAAAAUAUUUAUGAGGAAGAACUUGGCCAGAUUAUAAUUUCUUUACCAGACUGUGUAGCUCUGGGUAGAUCUCCGGGCUCAGACGUCUCCUUGCAACAAUUAAAACUAUUACUUUUGUUGUUGUUGGGUUGCGCCGUACAAGGUCCAACCAAAGAACACUUCAUUUUAAAAAUAAAAGAGCUUCCAGUGGACACUCAACAUGACAUUGUUGAAUGUAUUAAACAGGUUACAGAUGAUCAGGACAUCGUACUUACGCUGGAUCAGUCCGAGCAGUCGUCUCUCAAGUUGUAUAAUCACGUUCGCACACUAACGACCGAAAGAGACAAAUUGUUAAGCCAAUGGAUGUCAGAUUUGGGUCAGGAAGUCAGCGUUGGCGGGCCAACGAGUUCGGCGAUCGAGGUGGUGGAGUCGAAUCAUCUGGCGGUGGAGUUGGCGGAUUGGAAAGCCAGAUUAAGGAAACAGAGACAAGAGUUGGAAGAAAAGACGGAAAUUUUGGCAGAAUGUCGUGAAGAACUUGAACACGCGAAUGCCUUAGUGGCUAAAUUUAAAGCUGAGAAUAGCGAUUUGUUGGUGGAAUCGCGACGCGCGAAGGUGUAUCAAGAUGAAAUGGACGCAAUGAGGGAAAGGGUGGAAAGGGUGGAUCGUUUGGAAGCCGAGACCCAGCGGUAUAGGGAGAGAUUAGCCGAUGCGGAGUUUUAUAAAGUUCGCGUCGACGAGUUACGAGAAGACAAUAAAGUUUUGUUGGAAACGAGGGAAAUGUUAGAGGCGCAAUUGGCUAGAGCUAGACAACGAGCAGAAUACGUUCUAGAGCUUGAAGGGGAGCUUUUGGCUAGUAAACAGAGUUUCAACGAAAUUUUGCUGGAACGGGACGCCGCCAAAGAAAAAAUCCAAGAACUCCUGGAAGAAAACCUCCAACUCCAACAAGUAACAAAAUCAGUUUUUCAAGAAACGAGCACUAUAGCCGCCUCCCCGGAUUCCGACCAAGAAGAAACCAACUCCGGUGAUAACAGCUUAUCAGAACAGCUAACCAACAACGCCCAGGCCCGAGCCCUCAAACUAGAACUCGAAAACAAAAAACUCCUAUCCACGAUCGACUCACUCAAAGAACGAAGUUUUCACGAAAACGCAAACAAACUACUAGAGUUGGAAAAAGAAAAGAAGAAACUGUUGCUGAAGUGCGACCAACUACAAGAAAACUGUGACAGGUUGACGCAACAGAACGACGAACUGGAGAGUCUUUUCAAGAAUGCGAUGCAAGAAAACCGAAAAUUGCAGGAUAACAUCGACACGAUUAAAGUGGUGUCAGAGAGACAAGUACAAGACGUACAAAACGAGCGUACGAAAGUGACAGAACUGGAGAAGAAUGUGGAAUCGCUAACGAAGGAAAAACAAAGGAUUCAGAUAUUGUGUGACACGAUUAAGAAAAGGGCGGACAAUGCGGAGAAGUCGCUCAUCCAGGUGUCGGAUCAGCUGCAGAGUGUCCAGGGACAGACUGAACAAAUGAAAGAACUGGAGAAGUUGUCAAACGAAAAAAGUGAGAAAGUCGUCGUUUUGGAAAAAGAGAACGGAACUUUGUUGAAAGAUAUUAACAAGUUUAAAGAAAUGUUGGAGGCAAAAGCCGUGUCACUGGACAACGAAAUGGAAAAAUCCAAGCGACAAGAAAAAGACAUCCAAAAAAUGACCAAAGAAAUGGAAAAUUUGCGCUCGCAGGUGGAAAAGCUGCAGGAGUUCGAACAAAAGUCGCAGGAGCUGUCGUCGCAAACUUCCGUCUAUGAGGAAACUGUAGCCACUUUACAGAAAGACCUAAUUACCGAAAAAUUAAACAACGAUAAAUGUAAAAAUAGUUUGGAAAAGUUGUCCCUAAAUUUCGAACUCUUGGACAGCGAUUUAAACGUCAUCGUCAAAAACAUGCUCAACAACUCGAAAAUAAAAAAAAUAAUUUCGUUGGAGUUGGACAAGGACGGGACCGAUUCAGUUGUGUGUCAACAGUGUAAAGACAACAAGCAAACAGAGGAGUGCGGCGACAGAUUAAACAGUCAAAUUUUGAAUUUCCAAACUUUGAACGAAGUUUUGCAGGCCGAAAAUGCCAAGUUACAAGUAGACAUUUCAACUUUAAAAUCGCAAGUUCACUCGUUGCAGACGCAACAGACGGCGCUACAGUUGGCGAAUAGUCAGCUCGUGGCGGAAAAAGACGAGUUGUCAAAACAGCAAAAAAUUCAGAACACCCAACAUGACACGAUACUUUUGGACCAAAUCACGAUGAGGAGUCUGCACGAGCAGUUGACAGCGGAAUAUGAACUACUGAAAGUUGAGCAGGAGUCGCUGAAGAAGUUAAAUAGGGAUCUCAGGUCUGAAAUACGUACUUUGAAGGAGACGAAUUCGUGUCAGAAGGAGAAGGUUCUGGCGCUGGAAGCCGAAAAGGAACUGUUGAAGAACGGUGCGAAAAAUUUGGCGGUACUUCGGGCGGAGCACUCGAAAUUGAAGGACGACUUCAGAAAUUUAUUCACCGCCAGCGAGCGACUAAAAGUCGAAUACAGAAACAUCCAAGAAGAACUGAAAAACGUACGAACUGAAUCCAGAACCCUGCGUUUGGGGCAGACCGAAAUGCAAGGAGAAUUAAAUUCGACUUCCGACCUCGUGGCAGGUCUGCACCUCGAAAACGCCAAGUUACAACAAAAAUGUGAUAUGUUAUUUGAAAUGAACCACUCGUUGGAUUCUGACCGGAGGGCGUUAAUGGAUCAUGUGUCCCAGCUUUUGACGCAAUAUCACUCUCUAUUAACGCAUUCAUUGGAGGAUAAACAACACUAUCACCUAGAAGAGAAACUCUAUACAGACAAAGUGAACAACCUCUGUCGCCAGAAGGAAAAAUUGGAAGAAAAAAUCAUGGAACAUUAUAGAAAAUUAGACAACGCGUCGUGUAAGAAGAAGGGUUUCGGAGCUACGUUGGUCCGGAAAGUGAGGAAAGCGGGGUCGGAUAUUAUUAACAAGGUCCCGAGCAGGAAUCGGCGAUCUUGGCACGAAGACGUCUCACGACUCACUCAAUCCCAGUUCACGCUCAGUGGGGGCGAAUCAGGGGGCAACGAUUCCGACAAUAGCGUGGAUGAAAUGAAUACUCGAUCGGAUUCGUUGAAAGGGUCAGCACAAGGGCGCAGACGGGACGAAGUCACCCUCAGGAAAACAUACAGGGAUGGGAAUUUGCACAGAAGCAGCAUAGCAGGCGAUGAAAAUUUUUCCCGUGAACCAGAAAGCAUCUUGAGUUUAGGUUCAGUUGGUUCAAGAAGGACUGUUUAUCUUUCAGAGGAAGAACCCAACAACGUCACGCCUGCAGUGACCAAUCAAAAUCAACCACCUCUAUUGGUGUAUAACCGAAUAUCUACAGUGUUGGGUGAUUUGUCGCGACCAGGCGACCAGCAAAAUUCUGUUGAUGCUAAUGCCACCAAAGAUAGUACCGUGAAGAAGGACGUUGACAAUUCCAAGGAGACAGCGGUGUGGUACGAAUAUGGAUGCGUCUGAAUGUGACUCCAUAUGGCGAAUAUUACGUGUACACCAGUUAAAUUAUUUUGUAUUAUAGAUUUACAAAAUGGGCAGCUUCAUGAAAUUAUUCAGUAGCAGCAGACGAAUUAAGUAUUUAUUUGAAGUACCAUUGUAGCAGAAAAUUCGUAAAAUAAGAUUGAACAAAAAAGAAAACGUAGGAAAUUAUGGAAUUUACGUGCGCGUUGAAUUUGUUUCCGUCAAUCUGUAACCCAACUGCUAUGAAGCUAAAGUUAGUUGAAUUAAUAACGAUGCGAGUGCCCUUUUUUGCAUUAAUAAUGACAAUUUUUAAGAACUUUUUACCUAUUUACAUCAUUUUAUAUGUAUAUACAUUUUAUAUAUGAAAACCAAUAAAUUAAAAGUA